AUGAAGAACGUGACACGACCAUUAUAUUAUUCAAAUACUGAGACCAGACCUUUGAGCCUGCCUGAGACAACAAAUAAUUUAAAAAGCUCGUUGAAAAAGUUUUCACAAAAGGCAAAAACAUCACCAAUACCAAUUUCAAGGGAAAGGAUCCAUCAUUUUAGAAAAUGGAAGAACAAAAAAGAAUCACUUCCAGAUGUGAACUUUUUACGUUCUGAAAACUUUGCGCAGAAUAGAGCGCUGCCUGUGGAUUUAUUCUUCUCUUCUAGAAACCAGGAUAUGUACUGGAAUCAAGAUCAGUUCCAAUUGGAGGUAGAAAUUUUGGAGUAUCUGUCACUAAACACUGAUAAUGAAUAUAGUAUUUCUAAUAAUUAG